AAUUGGGGAGAGUUCUUCGUUUUUCUUUCUUAUUCGACAAGGGAUGACAGUACCAGUACAGCAUAAUUUAACCCAACACACACAUCCUCCAGGUCCACAAGCCAGACACUGGGCAACACACACAUUACAUAAAUACGUAAUCUCUCCUGGAAAGCGUCUACUGAGAACCCGCCUCCCCUGUAUCCUUCUCUGCUUCGUUGGUCACCAUCGGUUACACCGAUAGGUGUGACACGUCCCCGUCGCCAAGCGCCACCACCACCCCUUCGCGCCGCCGCCGCUGCAGAGCGCCGCUGCCACCCGCUCGCUCUCCCUCUCCCACGCCGCCGCCUCCGCCUCCCCCUCGCGCCGUCCUCGUCGCCGAGCACCGCCACCACCCCCUCGCGCCUCCGCCACCUCCUCUGUCGCCGCCAUCGCCGGUCACUCUUCCACCUGCACGACAUCGACCUCCACGCCUGCCGGCCGCCCCACCCCGAUGAACCCGCCUCCCGUGUCCCCCAAGCCCGCGCCGGCGGCACUCGCCUCAGUGGCGCAGGGGGUGGAGGACGACGAGGAAAAGGCGGAGGUGGAUGACGGCGGUGGCGGCGGCGGCUACGCGCGGACGCCAGAUUUGGGGUGCCCCUACUACUACGCUCCACCGAAAAAGGAGGUGGCCGCAGUAGCCAUCAGCAACGAGGAUAUGCGCACGAUGAGGGAGCGGGAGGGGAUCCCGGAGCUGGAGGAAGCGGAGACGAGGGGGCAAAGACGUCGGCGAACGCCGAGACCCCCAAAGCAGCAGAAACUCCGCUCGGAGUGGCCAAUCAAGAAGAGGCCAAAGACGUGUGCGGGCUAGGUGGCGGCAGGCUGUAGGUGGCCGUGACGCAGCCUGGGCACGAGCUGCUCGCGGUGCUCAAGGAGAUCGAGGAGCUCUUCGCGCGCGCCGCCGAGGCCGGCAAGGAGGUCACCGGCAUGCUCGAGGCCGCCUCCCGUGUCCCAGAGCUCAAAGGUCUCACCUUAACUGCGUCUCAUAGCAUUUUCUCACAUCGAUUUCUCUCUUUCUUACUGCCACUUACUCUAUCUGUUAGAAAACGAUAGAUGAACAGUGAAAACAGUGAAUCCCUUCAAGUUUUAUUGAUCUCAAUAUGUCCCCUUUGAUAGUGAGGAUUUGAAUGUGUACAAGCCUAGGAUUCUCCUAGGAUUUAAGGGAGAUUUAAGCCACUAAAUAUGGUUGAUUAUGUGUCACAAAUACACCAUAAUAUGGCUGUUACAAGUCACUUGAUUCUUGCCAUUGUUGCUCUUUGAUGAGCCUUUGAUGAGAUCAAAUAUGCCUCAUGAUGCUUUUGUAACACUCCCCCUUUUGAUCGAGUCCAUCUUGAGAUCAA